AUGCUGCUUCAACAUCCACAGCAACAAUAUGAUAUCAAUGAUCAUCAUGUGCAACAGAAUUGCUGCUGUUGUUGUUGUUAUUGUUGUUGCUAUCAUCAACAAAGCAGCAGCAGUAGUGGUAGUAACAACGUCGUCUCUUCUUCUUCUCGUCCUCAAAUACCGCCAUGGUCUUCCUUCUCGCCUUCCUCUCCAUGUGACGCAAAGCCAACAUUGGAUUCCAUAUGCUCUUGUUGCAGCUGUAUAUCCAACGAUCAAGGCACACCUGCUCAAGCAGAAGAUGAGCAAGAACCAGAAGAUCGCCAUUCAACUAGAUGCACAACACCGACCAUGGAUGACCAUCCGCUCAAAACGACGGAUGAUGCCGACAAAUUACAGAGAAAGAAAAUGCAUGCCAUUGAAGAGCUUCUGCAGACGGAGCGCGACUAUGUCCAAGAUCUAAGCUACCUCGUUCAAGUGUGCCUCGAAGUAUUAUCUCGUCAAACAUGGAUUGUACCAGAUCAUAAAUCCAUCAUCAUACGAAAUUCGCAUGCCAUUCUAUCCUUUCACAGACAGUUUAUUAUUUCCUACGAUACAUUGUCCGUGUACGACUACAAUGGAUCUCGCAUUGCAAAGGCAUUUCUUGAUCAGAUUGGCCAAUUUUCUCUUUACAAGCAUUACUGUGAUCUGCACGCAGAAGCAUGGGCUCUAACGUCCGAAUACCGAGAUCGACCAGAAUGGGCUUGUUUUCUCAAAGAUUGCACUAUACUCGAUUCAUAUUCCAUACCAUUGAACUUGAACACACUGUCAGCAGCAGCAUCCACCACACCAACCACACCAGUCGAACAACAGCAGCAGCAAGUGAAAAAACUCCAUUUCGAAGAUUACCUCAUUAAACCGGUACAGAGAAUAUGUCGAUACCAGUUAUUGAUCAAGGAAAUUAUUCGCUACACAUCACCACAGACUGCAGAAUACGAUUUAUGGAACAGUGUUUUGGCUGAAAUGCAAGACAUUGUAGGUGAAAUUGACGAUUUGAAAUUUCAACGAGAAAUGAAGGAACGUACCGAUCGAUUCAUCGAGCGUUUAGACGGUGACUGGAGGAUCAGUAAACGCCAUGUCUCUCAACUAGGCAAUCUACUACUUGCUGGUGCUAUUGAAAUCACGUAUUCAGCACUAGGUCAAAGUGUGUCUAAACCUAGGUACUUGGGUUGCUUUAUAUUUCAGACCUACAUCAUCAUGGUGAGACCCAAGAAAAUAACCAGUUACGAGCCCAAGCAUUGGUUUCCUUUGAGAAUGGCUGAUUUUGAAGAUUUAGGUGACAUUGAAGGACAACGAGAACAUGCAUUUGUAGUCAAAUGCAAAAAGCAUACAUUUGCAUUCAGUGCAAGCUGUUCACAGGAAAAGCAGCUGUGGGUCAAGAAACUGCAAGAAGCUAUUGUCACUGCAAAAAUUGAGGCGUCGGACGAAAACCUCUCAGCGCAGGAUUACAUUGUCUCCUCGCUCCCUGGCAUCACAAGCAAACGAUCUCCUCAGAGUAUACGGCUCUCGAGAUCAUUUACAAAUAUACUCGACAUGACUCUUGCAGGUGCAAAUGCUCACACUAGCAGCAGCAGCAGUAGUAAUGAUCAAACCAUGUCCUUUUCAGAGCGAAAGACAUUGAGAAGAUCAGCAUCUACCAGCAUUCAAUUUGAGGACAUCAUGAGAAUGACACAACCCACCACAGCAGAGCCUCCUCCACCGACGCCUCCUCUUUUGCCGAUCAUCACCAACAACACCAGCAAGCUGAAAAAGAGGUAUUCUGCAGACUAUUCAUAUCGUCACCCAUCGCCCAACAAUGGGUUCGCGCUGAAACCGAGAAACAAUUCAGAAAUGUACAUUAAACCGGAUGCAUUUGGUGGCAAACGAAGGCCCAGUUCGCUUGAUUUGCUGUCUUCCACUAACAAUACCAGCAUGAUUGGGAAAAUGUCAUUUCAGUUCAAGAACAACCAUCAAAAUGCGCUGCGUGUUACUGUAGAUCACAAGUUGCGAGAUGUUUGCACGCAAGAGUACCUGAGCUCCAGAGCAUGGCACAUGAGAGACAGAGAGCAUAAUGCUAGUUUCCAGUCUUCCAUUGAUCUCUUAUCGCUAUCCACCACAACAGACAGCAAUCUCAAUUCACCCGUCAUUGGCAACAAUAGCAGCAGUAACAAUGACCUGCUGCUCAAAAAACGAAAAUCCUCCUCCUUUAUUCGAUCCUCUGCUUCCAGCUUCUCUCUUAUGAUACCCAAACGCACAAGCGAUUCCAGGCAGUCCAACAGCUCAAGGCUCCAACAGCAGCAGACACCCUCAGAAGAUGUACAAUCCAAUCACUCAAGUUCGUGCGCUAGUUCCAUGGACCACUGUAUAUCACCCAUGACUCACAAGAGCAACAACAGCCGUAGACCAUCGCAAUCCAGUCAGCUACUUCGGCAGCUAUCACAGAACCGAGGCUGUUUCUCUGAAUCGCCGCAUUCUUUUGAAAGCAGUGAAUACAGUUUUGCAACGAGCCAUCAGAAGCGACUGGAACGAAGUCCCAGCAGGAAAUCCAUUUUUGUAGGCAAAGUGCUGAGGAGAAUUGCUAGUUUGCAUUAUAAGUCACCAUCACCAUCAGGUCUUGAUCAGGAAUCCAUCGAGGUCAAAAAGGCGGCGCCUGUGGAUUCAAAGGCCAGCAAGCUCAAGUGGCCAAGGCACAAGCAACAACAACAGCAACAACACGAGGCAUUAACCCAAUUAAAAACAAGUGAUCGACCUUGUAAAACUACUACCAUAGCAAGUGACAAUAAUGAGGAGCAAAACGACGACAACGACAAUGAGGAACAGGAGGAAAACAAGGGAGUUCAGCAAGGGGGAGGAGAUAUACAAACAACACUAUCCGCAUUUGCAUAUGCCUCUACCCCACCUCCACCAGUCUUAAAACGGCAAUCCCAAUUACUGCAUUCAACCACAAGAGAUGAUACUAGCAAUAGCAAGUGGAAGAGUAGAUUGAGCCUCAUACGACCCACAGCAGCCAGUUUUCUCAAACUUAACAACAACAACAACAACAACAACAACAACAACAACAGCAACAGCAACAGCAAUACAACCAUCAUCCAUGGAACAUGA